AUGACUGUGGCCACAGGCGACCCCUCGUACGAGGCUGCAGCACACCCUGGCUUUCCUCAGGACUACGACCCCGGGGCAGAACAGGAAUGCUGCGAGAGAGUGGUCAUCAAUAUUUCGGGUCUACGAUUCGAGACGCAGCUCAAAACUCUCUCACAAUUUCCAGAAACAUUACUAGGGGACCCCAAGAAGCGGAUUAGGUACUUUGACCCACUACGAAACGAGUAUUUUUUUGAUAGAAACCGUACCAGCUUUGAUGCAAUCCUCUACUACUACCAAUCCGGUGGAAGGUUGCGGCGACCUGUCAAUGUCACUUUGGAUGUCUUCUCAGAGGAGAUCCGCUUCUAUCAGCUUGGAGAAGAAGCAAUUGAGAUAUUCAGGGAGGAUGAGGGAUUUAUCAAGGAAGAGGAGCGACCGUUGCCAGACAACGAGUUUCAGAAGCAGGUCUGGUUGCUUUUUGAGUAUCCCGAAAGUUCUGGGCCUGCCAGGAUUAUAGCGCUCAUAUCCGUUAUGGUGAUCAUCAUCUCCAUUGUCAGCUUUUGCCUGGAAACCUUGCCCAUUUUUCGCAGCGAUGAAGAGGAGAUGCGCAAAGUCCCUAAUGUUGUCACCAACAUAACAAGCAGUAGCACAUCCACCUACUUUACAGAUCCAUUCUUCAUUCUAGAGACACUAUGCAUCAUCUGGUUCUCCUUCGAGUUCUUAGUGCGCUUCUUCGCGUGCCCGAGUAAAGCCAGCUUUUUUGUGAACAUAAUGAACAUGAUUGACGUGGUGGCCAUCAUCCCCUACUUCAUUACGUUAGGAACAGAGUUGGCGGAGAAGGCAGAGGAUGGGCAGCAAGGGCAACAAGCAAUGUCUCUUGCAAUUCUGAGGGUUAUCAGACUUGUAAGAGUCUUUAGGAUCUUCAAACUCUCUCGCCACUCAAAGGGACUUCAGAUUCUAGGCCAGACCCUCAAGGCCAGUAUGAGAGAAUUAGGCUUACUCAUUUUCUUCCUCUUCAUUGGGGUCAUCCUCUUUUCCAGCGCUGUCUAUUUUGCAGAGGCGGACGAACCUGAGUCACAGUUCUACAGCAUCCCGGAUGCGUUCUGGUGGGCUGUGGUUUCAAUGACGACCGUUGGCUAUGGAGAUAUGGUGCCCACAACCAUCGGAGGUAAGAUUGUGGGGUCCCUCUGUGCCAUAGCUGGUGUGCUGACCAUUGCUUUGCCUGUGCCUGUCAUUGUCUCAAACUUCAACUAUUUCUACCAUCGUGAGACAGAAGGGGAAGAGCAGGCACAGUAUCUGCAGGUCAGCCCCUCAAAAACUGAUUCUCAAGAAGAGCUAAGGGGUAGUCGAAGUGGAUCCACCAUCAGCAAGUCUGACUACAUGGACAUCCAAGAAGGGGUAAACAACAGCAAUGAGGACUUUCCAGGAGAUGAAGAGAACGUCAAGACAGCAAAUUGCACUCUAGUCAAUACAAAUUAUGUUAAUAUCAAAAAAAUGUUGACAGAUGUGUAG